AUGGGCUAUAAAAUAAGCUCAGGGAUAUUUUAUGGCACAACAGAGAAUAUUGGACUUGGUAAUCAGGAUGUUCAGAAUGUAUUUCGUGAUAUUCGACAUUAUGUGUUUGAUUCGAGUGAUGCUUUAGAGGGUUUGGCAUUACUUCGAGAAUUGAAACGUAAUAGUCAAGGUGAAUUUUUCUAUAAAAUUUAUGUGGACGAGGAAAAUCAUGUGUCGGCCAUGCUGUGGGUUGACCCGAGAUCAGUUAAUGCCUACAAAAAUUUCGGAGAUGUUGUUGUUUUUGACUCCACGUAUCGUACUAAUAGGUAUUGCAUGCCGUUUGUGCCAAUCAUGGGGGUAAAUCACCAUUAUCAGUCGAUUUUGUUCGGAUUUGCCCUGAUAAGGGAUGAGACCAAAGAAUCUUAUUUAUGGGUGUUUAAAAGUUGGUUGGAGGCUAUGGGGAACGUGGCCCCACAAACGAUCAUCACCGAUCAAGACAUUGCUAUUGGAAACACAAUUGCCGAAGUUUCGCCUAACACAAUUCAUUUAUUUUGUACGUGGCAUAUAAGUACAAAAUUUGGUGAAAAAUUGUCGCAUUUAUAUGCAAAUCAUGAUCACUUCAAAGAAGAUUUCAACUCUUGCAUCUACAAGUCAGUAACGGUUGCACAAUUCGAAGAUAGGUGGGAGGCAUUAGUUGAAAAAUAUGAUUUGAUGAACCAUUCUUGGUUACAAGAUAAGUACUCUGUUCGACACAAGUGGGUCCCUGUUUACACUAAACUUCACUUCACAACCGGGAUGACCACUACCUCCAGAAGUGAGUCAAUGAAUUCUUUCUUCGAUGAAUUAUUCAAUGCUAGUACCGGUUUGAAAGAGUUUAUAGAGAAUUCACAGAAAGCGUUGGAGAAACAAUAUUUACGUGAAAGAGAGGCUGAUUAUGAAACAAAGAACAAGGAAAGGUCCAAAAUAACAUCAUCGUCAUUGGAGAAUCAUGCGACAUCUACUUACACGAAAAAAAUGUUUAGACGUUUUCAACACAAACUCAAAGAAAGUGGAGCUUAUGUCGUGAUUGAGAAAGAGAGCAAUGCAAUUUACAAGCAUUACGAGGCAUAA